CUGUGUUGAGCAGAGAUGCGCGGGGUCAUGUGUGGAUGCGUGGGAUGCAAGAAAUGAGGAGGAGGACACCACAGAGUCCAUACAAAAUGCUGAACAGCUGCACAGUUUUUGCACUGAGCGCUGAGGAACCGGCGGAACGAAGAGAGGAGAUGCAGAAAUUUCUGGCACUGCCAAUUGAAGAAAAGGCAACCCACGCUGUGAGAGCGCUGGCCAAGAAGAAGAAUGAGGUGGUGGGAGAAGUGGAGGAGGAGAGUGGGGAGAAGAAGAGUGUGAAGCAAACUCAGACCAAAACAGCUGGCCGCAAACAAACACCAAGCCCACAUGAUCAGAAAAUUAGCAGGAUGAGAGGAGAAAGAUUCACAAAACAAAGCAAGUACGACCUGAUCCUGAUGGAACGGCAGCAAGCGGUCUUGGAGAUAUCCCUGAUGACUAAAAGGUCUGAGAUACAGAGGAUGGACAAGGUCAUUGCAAAAGAGGAAAGAAAGCUGAAACAAUUCGAAAAGCUCAUGGAGAGAGACAAUCAGAAGUUUGAGGAGUUUCUGAAGGAGAACGAGAGGAGGUCCAUUGAAGCCAGAACGCUCUUUGAACAGGAGGAAAAAUCCAAACAGGAGAAGAACACUGCCAUCAGGAAGCUAACUGCUGAAAUGGGGACCAUUCAAAGUGAACUAGACAAGUAUGAAGAAGCUCUGAGAGACUACCAGAAAUACAGAGACUUCCUGUUCGGGAUUUCUCCCCCAGAGUGGCAGGAAGAGCAGAAGACCAAGGCCCCAAAGACAAAAGCUUUGCUUAUGAAAGACAGACAGCAAAUCCAAAACAAGGAACCUUCUGAAAUCGGUUUGGAAAGUACGCUGUCCAGCUCUGGGAGAAAUCAGAGCCCUGUCAGAGUGUCCAGGUUACCAUCUGCUCAAAGUGACUCACUGGAGACAAACUGUAGACAGGAUUGUGUCAGCUCAGAGGAUGAGCCAGAGCUGUACUUCACAGAUCCCCAGCAGCUACUGGAUCUGAUGACAAAGCUGACGGAGCAGAACCUGUUCCUGAUUAAAAACUCUGCCAGGGUGGAGGACAUGCUGAAGGAGCACCGUCAAACCAUGGAGACGACCAGGAGGCAGAUAGAAGAGGAGGAGCAGCAGAUAGCCCUUCAGAUAAAAGAGCUGAACCAGAGAAUCCACAGAGAGAAGAAGAGAGGCGCCAAGCUGGAACACAUGAUUCAGCUUCAUCUUAAACUGAGCUCACAGGACAAAGAUGAAACUUUGAAAGCACUGGGUGAAAAGGUGACAGACGUUCAUGCCAGCUGCGUGGGAAACGGGACGACUGACCUCAGCACCUUGGAGAAGUUGGCAGACAUCGAGAACUUCCUCUCAUCGCUGCUGCAGAAUCUGGAAAGCCUGCCUGCAAAACAACUGGCGAUUGUUAAGAAGGUGAAGGACAGCGAGAAGAGGAACAGGAUGCGUGAGGAAAAGCUGAUGGAGCAGAGAGAGAAACAAAAGGAACGGAUGAGGAGGUAUCUGGAGAGAUCCUUGGCUGACUCCAAUAAGAGAAGGGGGAAGAAGCUGAUGCCAAGAUACAUGCCUGCUGUCAGGAGAGCUGAGGUCCCCAAAGUGGUCGAGGCAGCGGCGGAGGAUGACUUCAGUGAAUUCCUCUCCACAUCUGACGACACGGAGUAACAAAAGAAAGACAAAGAGAUGCAGAGGAACUUUUUCUACAGAGACAGGAAAGGGAUUUCCUUUAGAAAAUGAUCCUGAGGUUUUGUCAGACUCAAGCAGUUUAAUAUCUAAUAUUUGAAUUUACAGAGGUUUCAUAUUAAAGGUAUGGAGGAAGAUCUUUUAUUUCCAGGUGGAUCAUUUAAAUAAUGGGUCGUCCUAAUUGUCAAUGAUUCAGGUUUACAUAAGGCCGUCCUACGUACUUGUUCCGUUCGCUAUCUUUUUGUGCAAAUGUGCACUUUCAGCAGUAUAUCUGUGGUGAGCUACGGUUUUAGUCAUUGAAGCUCACCUUUUUACCACAGUUCUUUAAAAAUGUCCGAGGGUUGUCAGAGAAAAAGUGUCUAAGAAGUGUAUGAGAAGAAAAGAAAGACCUCACAAGGGGCAGAAUUCUUUGCACGGAGAGCUCUCCUCUCAAAGUAUUAUGAGAUCUGCUGUCAAAGCGGCCCACUGUCACCAUAGGCUGUCGCUAUCCGACAGUGGCGACUAAUAAUAAGGAUGGCGCAGGCACCGCGUAGUGGAGGAGGAGUUAUGUGACCAACGGGGAGCAAAAAGCAGUGAUUAUCUGUCUGA